ACGGUCACCUUGGGUCAUUAACUAACUCUUCCUCUUAACGGUCUAGGGACUUCAUCCCUCAAUCCGUUUGCUCCGAGGCUGCAGCUCCUGCUUAUUUAGCCACCGAACACCGCUGCACUGACCUCGCUGGCCUUAGUGAUGCGGUGCCUGAGACCUUUGUGGUCUCCUGGGCAACCAUGUUAGCUUCCGGGUUAAAGAGCCGUCCCAGUAAACGCAGAGCUCGGCUUCUAUCACGUGACCUGCGCGGGCCUUUCCCGGAUGGAGCGCGCGUCCUCUCCCGCGGCGCACGUGCGGUCCGAAGUCCGCCCUGACCAGGCCGGGAUGCAGCACUUCCCUGGGGAGGCAGCGCCGGGAGGGACCUGCGGGCCGGGGAGGAGCAGGGCUCGACCUCCACAGGGUCCGGCGAAGAAAAUCUCGGCAGAUGCACCGCCGCCUCCCCGCCGCCGCCUCGCUGGAGCUGGAAACGGAGUUCGGUGGGGCCGGGCCCCCGCCUGCUGCUCCGCGACACCACGAUGCCGCAGCCGCGGAGCCUGAGCCGAAGGCGGUGGCGGUGCCCCGGACAGGGAGCGCGCUGCGCUGGUUCACCACCGCGGUCCUGUAUGCCGCCUUCCUGGGGCUGGGAAUGAGUGUCGGUAUUCUGGGACCCACGUUUCAAGAUCUGGCAACAAAUGUAAACCGAAAUAUCAGCAGUCUUUCUCUAAUUUUUGUGGGCCGAGCCUCUGGAGUCUUGUGUGGCUCUAUGAUUGGUGGUAUUCUUUUUGAAUACAUGAAUCAUGUUUUACUUUUGGGGUUGUCAAUGUUGGCUACCUCAGCUGGCCUCUACCUCAUUCCUUUCUGCAAGACAGCAGCAUUACUGAUCAUUGUGAUGUCUGUCUUCGGCGCUGCAGUUGGUGUUCUGGAUACAGGUGCCAACGUCCUUAUCCUGGCUCUGUGGGGAGACAAGGGAGCCCCACAUAUGCAGGCUUUACACUUCAGUUUUGCCUUGGGUGCCUUUUUGGUUCCCCUUCUGGCAAAAUUGGCCUUGGGGACGACCGUGUCAGCUGAAAACCACACAGAGCCUGACCUUCACCAUCCAGCCCUCAACCGAUCACCUGAAGCCGACCCAGACCUUCUGUUUGCAGCACCUGAUGACUUGAACUUACUGUGGGCUUAUGCUUCCGUCGGCACUUACAUCUUUGUAGUUUCUGUCUUCCUGUUUGCUCUGUUUUUCAAGAAAACCUCGAAGCACGAAAAGUCAGCAGCGUCUGCUCAGGAAUCUCGAAGAGCUAAACAUCACAAGGCCCUGCUCUGCCUCCUUUUUCUGUUCUUCUUUUUUUACGUUGGAGCUGAGAUAACCUAUGGCUCUUACAUUUUCUCCUUUGCCACCACCCACGUUGGCCUGGAGGAAAGCGAAGCCGCCGGCUUGAACUCCAUCUUCUGGGGGACCUUUGCAGCCUGCAGGGGCCUGGCAAUCUUCUUUGCUGCAUGUUUACAGCCUGGGACCAUGAUUGUGCUGAGCAACAUUGGCAGCGUGGUCUCAUCUUUAUUCCUGGUGCUUUUUGACAAGAGCCCACUUUGUCUCUGGAUAGGGAGUUCUGUGUAUGGGGCCUCAAUGGCCACCACCUUUCCCAGUGGUAUUUCUUGGCUUGAGCAGUACACGACCAUAAGUGGGAAAUCUGCGGCCUUUUUUGUCAUUGGUGCUUGUCUGGGAGACAUGGCUAUUCCUGCAGUCAUUGGAAUUCUCCAGGGACAAUACCCAGAUUUGCCAGUAGUUCUGUACACGUGUUUGGGGUCAGCAAUAUUCACUGCUGUAUUAUUUCCUGUGAUGUAUAAGUUAGCCACCUUGCCUCUGGAUCGCCAGCAGAAAGAAAACAGAAAGAAUGAGGACCAGAAAGCUUUGUCCUCUAGUUCUAGGCUAUGAAGAAGAAGAGAAUGGAGGAAUGGAUGCAGAAGAAUAGAAUUAAUGGAUUUUGGAGUGGUUGAAAUGAAUGAUACAAUGGAGCACUCUAUAAGGAGGGAUAUAGUUUUGAUUUGUUUGGUUUUUUGAGACAGAUUCUCACUAUGUCUUCUAGACUGUCCUCAAACUCGAAGCAGUCCAUCUGUCUCAGUAGAAAUAUUUUGAUAGAGAAAACAGCUGAAGUCUCUAAUGAAUUUCUCUCAGAUGCAUUAACAUUUGAGUCUUCUCCAUUUGAUAGUAGCAAUUCCCCUAUGAAGUAGUUUGCCAGAAGCUAGGACAAAAGUACUUAGAGAAGAUGGAUUACUCACUCUCCUUGAAUUAUCACCACUAUUGAAGAGGCCGGUCAGAGCACAGCAUUGAUAGAUUUUCAGCAUGAUUUGGAGAUCAAGGUUUCUAGGUCCAUGUGUAGAAAAUGCUGAACAGUUUUGAAAUGUUCUGUGAUUCCCAGAGUCUUCCAUAAACUGCCAAGUUGUCUCAUAUGGAAAGAUCUUUAUGAGACUCGUAUUUGUCAUUAGGGUGAUUAGGACAUGUUUUUGUCUUCCACCUUAAAAGACAUGCAAAGAAAGCAUUUUUUUUUUUUUUGAGAAAUUAGGUAGUAUCUAAUAGAGUACACUCAUGGAGUAUUCGGUGGAUUUAUUGAGCAAAUUAUCAGGCACCCAUAUGCUACCUGGGAAGUUGAGGAGCAUAGUUUUACAAAAGACCACCCUUCUAAAUAUGUAAAUUUUUUAUUGAUUGCUUUAUCUUAUCUAUAGGCACGGACCACAGAAUGUUAAUGACUCUUGAUCUUUUACUGCUAUGAAGAGAACACAGAACAGAGCCCCCAAAUUCUGGCUUCAAUCCUUGGCUCGGCCACCCUGCUCUCCGCUGAGGCACUUUACAUAGGCCUCACUUAUAUCUUCUCCUAUUCUGUGAUUCUACAAAUGAAAAUGGAUAAUUUCCAAAUUGAAAACCCUUAAGUUUUAAAGUUUGUGCAAGAUAUAUCCUAGGAAUUAAUUUAAGUGCCAGCCCACCCAUUUCAAACAUGAUAAAUACUUUAGAAUGUGCUACAGAUUAUGUGCCAAUUAAAUACACUUAGUGUUUGACAUUUUAUUUGGAUACAUUUAUGAAGAAUAAUUUUUCCUGCUGAAUUUUAUUGAUCCUAAGAUAUAUCUUUUCUCCACACAUUUAAUGCCUUUGAAGUCUGCACAUUUCUACAAUCAGUGAUUGCUUAAUAUUGUGACAGAAUUAUUUCCCAUAUACAUAUAUAAAAUAAAGUUGCAUUUCACAAGCUAGUUCAGAUUCAGUGAAAUACAGUAAUUCAUUCAUUUAUGGAGAUUAUAGUCUUUUUGCAGACUUUUUAAAGGAAAGAUUUUGUUCAUAUGUUUUUUGUGUUGCGGGGGAUUGAUCCUAUGGCCUUGUUAUCCUUCAUCCUAUGCCAGGCAAGUGCUGUCCCACUGAGCUACAUCUCCAGCCCUGAGGAGAAAUUAUUUUAUAUGCUAAUUUUCUCUCAUGUUGCAUUGUACUCCCACUCUAGGAUCACUGUUUUGGUGCACUAGCUCCUUACUGACUUGCUAGCUCCACCUUGGGUGUAAAGCCUCUUCUAAACAACCCAUACAUUGCAGAGAUCAGGACAAGAAGGACCACAUAGGAGUGUGCACAUAGACAGUGGCAUGGGGGUUAAGGUAUUGGGGCCUGAGAUCCAUGUGUGAUAUCCUAGGGAACCAGUCAUGUAUGGCAAGUCCCAGGUAAUAAAAUAGCUGGGGUCACAGGAGCCAUGGGUGUUCCACCUCUCUGGAGCCCCCUUCCUCAAUUUAUCAGGGUAGCUAUCUACCCUGUCCUUUUUCCUCUUUUUCAAUAAAGUGUCUUUCCUUCUUUAAA